UCAAAACGCGUAAAAGCUAGAAGAACCAUUUGGAGGCUGAUCGAUUUCUUGCGAUCCUCUCAUCGGCGCCGACGCUCUCGUAUCGAUUUCCUGUUAAUCGAUCUCGAUUCCUCUUGCCGGUAAGGCCUUCCGAUACCUGUGAAUUUCUUGCGGGUUCCCACAGAAAUCGAGGUUCUAGGGUUUCUGUUAUUCGCCGAUUUGCCAUCUGAUUGAUGUUCUUUGAUCUGUGCGUCUGUGUUCAUUUGUAAUUGAAGUUUUUGUGAAUUGUAUUCUUUGUCUGUCUGUGUUGAUUGAAUUGGGGUCUGCAAGGAAAAAAAGGCUGAAUUUUUUUUUUUUUGGGAUUGAGGAUUGGUUAGGGUUGGAAUAAAAUUUGAAUUUGAUAAAGUUGAAAGUGAUUUUGACUUUUUGGGAAUUCAGGGAUUUGAAAUUUCUAGGGGUUAUUGUUUUUUGAUUUCAAUUGUUGAGUUUGACCACUGAUUAAGAAGAGCUGUGCUUGUUAAUCAUAUGGCGACAGGGCGAGUUGAUGUUUUGAGGAGGAGUGAUUCUUAUAAUUACUCGAAAAGAGAAUUUGAGUAUUAUAGGAAUGGGGUUUCUCGUGGUGAUGUAGGUCAUGGUCGCAGUGAUGAACUCAAACAUAGGAAUGGAUUCCAUCAAUCUUCCAAUGUGCGCGAUUCACGGGGAUAUGGACGGCUUCCAAAUGCCCCAGAGCCAUUGGUUAAGAAUGGCAAAACCCGAAGGAGUGAAGAUGCGGCUCAGUUACAUGCCGAGAAGAAAGAGUUUGGCGAUGAUGUCAAACAUAGGAAUGGACUCCAGCGUUCUUCCAAAAUGUGUGAUUCACGAGGAUCUGAACCGAUGCUUCCAAAUGCCCCAGAACUAGUGGUUAAGAAUUGUAAAACCCGAAGGAGUGAGGAUGCUUAUCAAUCACCUCCUGAGAAGAAGAGGAAGUUUUCUCCUAUUAUAUGGGACAAAGAAGAGAAGGAAGCGAGAGUCUCAUCGAAGAAUAGAGUUGUUCCCGUUAUUCCUUUGCCCUCCCCUCAUCCAGAUGUAGCAAGAUUACCUGCUAUUGCUAAGGUUGAGGAUGUUGUUUCUGUUGGAGUUCUUUCCAAGUCUCCGGCUAGAGUGGUGGAGUCUCUGGAAGCGGAGUUUUCCGAAAUUUCUGAUGUUUCUCAAUUUGAGGCACCAGCCGAUCUCUCUGCACCACUACAUCCUCAGAAGGUUGGGGAAGAUGAGCAGGUGCAAAAGAACAAGGAAGACAAAGAAUUUUUCUAUCAACGUGACAUCUCAUUGUCAAAAUGGUCAUCCGAUAGUGAUUCCCCAAGGGAUAUCUCUGAUGACAGCUCGCCUGAAAGUGGGGAGAUUCGAAUAGAAAGCUCCAGGUUGAGUCGGGCUAGAACUUCUGGCUCUGACAAAGAAGACAGCUUUGAAAAGCCUGGCAGUGGAGAUACACUUUAUGGAGACGAGUUCUGUGAUGAUGCGCAUAUGGAUGCUGAUAAUUAUGAUGGGAAUGCUGAAGAUAGCCAGUUCUACUCUGAUUCAGAGGAUGAUUCUGAUCUUUCUCAGAUUGAAGAGCCAGAAGUGCCUACACAAAAAAGUAUAAACAUGCUUCAAGGUUGCAGAAGUGUGUUUGAGUAUGAAAGGCUCAACCAUAUAAGUGAAGGCACUUAUGGUGUUGUCUUUAGAGCCAGAGAUAAAAAGACCGGAGAAAUUGUCGCAUUGAAGAAGAUGAAGAUGGAUGUGGAUAAGGGAUGUGAUGGUUUCCCUAUGUCGGCAUUGAGAGAAAUAAACAUUCUCUUGUCUUUUAAUCACCCUUCUAUUGUUGGUGUUAAGGAAGUUGUUAUGGAUGACUUUGAUGGUGUUUAUAUGGUUAUGGAGCAUAUGGACCAUGACUUGAAGGGGCUAAUGGAGUCGAUGAAGCAGCCAUUUAGUAUUGGCGAAGUUAAGUACUUGAUGAAACAACUUUUGGAGGGUGUAGAGUAUCUUCAUGACAAUUGGAUCCUUCACAGAGAUCUGAAAACAUCAAAUAUUCUAUUGAAUAGCGAGGGUGAGUUGAAAAUAUGCGACUUUGGGUUGUCACGACAAUAUGGGAGUCCACUAAAGCCAUAUACUUCUUUAGUUGUCACUUUGUGGUACCGGGCACCUGAAAUUCUAUUAGGCGCAAAACAGUACUCUACAGCAAUUGAUUUGUGGUCAGUAGGUUGCAUAAUGGCUGAAUUGUUGGCGAAGGCACCUCUCUUUAGCGGGAAAGAUGAAAUUGAGCAGCUGGACAAGAUCUUCAAAACUCUUGGUACACCAGAUGAGAAAAGUGGUUUGUCCAAAUUGCCAGGCUUCAAAGCUAAUUUUGUUAAGCAACCGUACAAUCUUCUGCGCAAGAAAUUUCCUGCUGCAUCUUUCACUGGAUCAUGCCCAGUGCUCUCUGAAUCUGGGUUUGAUUUGCUGAAGCGGCUCUUAUGUUAUAACCCUGCAGAGCGAAUAACAGCGAAGGAUGCCCUCAACCAUAACUGGUUUCGCGAGUCUCCUGAACCAAGAAGGGAUUUCAAGCCAAUUACUCCUGAUCGACAUGUUCAAGACCGGCACCUUAACAGCAGGCGGCGUGAGAAAAUUUUACAGCAAUAAUCAUCUUAGCCUGUUCUUUUUGCAGUUCUUUAUAUUUUGCUAACCUGAUGGCAGCUAAAAAGUACAACAAAGACCUCGACUGUAGGGUCCUUUAGGAUAGCUGGAGCAAAGGAGUUGCAAGGUGUGUCAGUCGGCACUAAUGGUUUAUCCUGUUAAGAGCAGCUUAAUAGUGGUGCGCAGUCUUCCUAUAUGAAGGUGUGGCAAAAUGUUGAGAAGAAAAGAGAACUUAUUGUUUUUUUUCCACAUUCUUGAACCUGUGUAUAUAUAUGUUCACAUUGGAAUGAUAUUAUUUUUAUCAAUGUCCUCUUCAUUAUUUGUAAGUUAGAACCUUUUGCUUUCACUUUAUUCACGCUUAAAACUUUGUUUGCAAGUGAUUCUGGGCUUUAAAAGAAUGGGAGGGUGCAUUAUUCGCUUUUCACACUUGGAGACUGGAAGUUCCGCAAUCGUAAGUUAUUUUACCACACACAGGGUCUUUUGAGGUGUAUCCAGUCAUAUGCAUUGCUGGUUCAUGUAUUGAGGUCUGUUCAGUCUUCCAUGUUUUCCUAAAUCAUGAUGCUCCCUCCAAUGCUUAGCUUAUGGUUAUGCUAUGUUAGGCCAGUGUGUUAAUACUUCAUGUGGCAAAUCCUCGAUUGAUAAUUUGUUGGAAAUGUUUCCUUUUUUGUCAAGUUCAUAGUAAACGAGGCAUUAUAUUGGUUUAUUUUUAUUACCCAAAUGCAAGUUCUGUCCAGACCACUUCUAAUACACAUAAAAUAAACAAGAUAUAGUGUGUGCACUAUAAGUUGACAGUGUUGCCAGUCUCUUGAGUUCUAUUGAUACGUGCAGUGGUAUUCAGUUCCUCGUCGGGUUCAAUUGCUUCUGCAUUCUGUGGAUGUUUUUUGGUUGAGGUUUUAAGUCAUAGAUCCAGGAGCUGCAAUGUGGUUCAAACUUAUAUUAUAUUUUUCUCUGUCUUGUUGUAAUUCCUUUUUGUCUUCUCCUUCAUCUGCCUAUUACUUCAUUUGAUUAAUUUUUGAGAUGUAGCUUCCCAUGUGCAUUAUUCGGUUGGGAAUUAGCUUGCUAUGGCAAUGGAGAAUUUGCUUGCCUGCAGCUAGAUCACUCAGCUGGUAAGGGUUUUGCAUUUUUCCUUAUCGAUUUGUGAAUCUAGGUGCAGCUGUUAUAUUUUUUCGCCAUGUGUAGUGUGCAUAGGAUAUCUACAGUUUGUAGUGUACAUCAAUCUUAUGCCGAAUCAGUAGAAAAUUGUGAUGCUGUAGAGUUUUUGUUAAUGAGUAUUUUUAAAAUAUCAAUUGCUAGCAUGUCUUCUCAGCUUGCAAUUAUUUGGAACGAGAAAUGUUCGCAAUAUGCUGGUUGGAUAUCACAUCGUGUCCCCAGUGGAAAUAGUUGAAAUUUUAAAAAAUUUAGCUCUGGUUUUCUGAAGUUGAGAGAAUGCUGGGGACUCAGAAGUGUAAUGGAAGAUGUAGAAUGAUUUUAAAAAAUGAAGAAAAUAAAGAUAUAAUAAGUAAGCCUUAAUUUUCUGAAAUCGUGUCUAGUUAGAAGGUAUGCUGAUUGAAUUGGUAUCGUCACAAUGUCGGAUGAUAUGAAUUCAUGUCAUGUAUAUAUGCCCUAUGAGCUCAAUGUUGUGCAAAAUGAGUUGUCUGAAAUUUACAUGCCAGGCCUUACUCAUGUCCUGUGCUUUCAUUAGCAGCUUUAUCAGCCACUGUGGGAGCCAUUUUUUUUGUACAGACAGGAUAAUAUCAAAGCUUUAUACCGAGCAUCAGAGGGAAAGUUGCGUAACGUUGCUUAUGAUAUUCAUGUUUUUCUUUUCGUUUGUUACUCUUUAGAAUAACGAAGAUCCGGUUUGGUACUUUCACGUCUUCUUUUUCUCUGAACCCCUUUUAUGCAGGAUGCAUAUGUAACUUUUACCCAUGCAAAGAGUUACCGUGAUGGAUAUAUUCUCUUCUCCGCAUUUGUGAAGUCACAGUAAGAUUUUUGAAAGGUAAUCAUGUCAAAAUUCUGUAAUUCAUCGUGCGAAUCGCGGCAGUAUGUAAGUAUCAUUUGUAAUGCAGAUUACUUAAUACGAAAGCCGCAGUAGAUUUCUUUUUUCUUCGAUAA